CGGCGGGGAGCCAGGCUGGCGGCGGCGGCGGCGGCGGGACGGACGGAGCCUCGUUGCCCUGCAGCGCAGGUUAUGUGCGUGUGUGUGUGAGGCGAGACACCGGAUGACUUCCCCAUGCCGUGAAACUCCUUAGUAUCUAAGCGGCUGCAUUGGCUGGAGAUGAAGCCCUAACUGAAUAGAGCUGCCAGAAAGCAUCCAGAAGUGAGUGUACGUCCAGGAGUACGUGAAGGAUCGUUGACACGGGCUCUUUUCCCCUUGACUGACCUUUUUGCUGCCUCCGACGCAAUUGUUAAUGUGCUGAAGAGUGAUUUUUUUUUUGUUCAGAUUGAUUUUUUGUGGUUUCUACCUCAUUUUAUGAAUUGCUCUCAGCCAUGGCCGGGGAACUCUGUUUGCUGCUCCUGUUUCUACUCUGCAGGAGUACGAUUUCCAAAGUGCCGCCUUUUCAUGAACCGCCGCCUUCUGACGCUCUGGAUUUUGGGUACGUCCCUUCGAGGGUCUACGACACCAGCACAUAUUACGAACCGGGCCUGAUAGGAAUUCUGUUUCGAGUGGUUCAUUCGUUCCUCUAUUUAGUGCAACCAAAUAAUUUUCCUCAAGAUCUCAUAAAAAAACUAGCACUGCAAAAGUUUGGAAGUUCGCCGGGUGAUUAUCAAAAGCCAGAAAAUAUUGUCCUGACUCUUCAGGCAGUGUUCUAUGAAAUUGGGUUUCUAGUCUCUGCCACACUGGGCCUCCUCUUUGUUUUGCUGCUACCCCUGGUAGGGCUUUGCUUCUGCAUGUGUCGUUGCUGUGACAACUGCGGCGGGGAAAUGCACCAAAGACAGAAGAAAAAUGCAGAUUGUCUGCGGAAUUCCUUUGCUACAGUUCUUUUGAUUGCUUCUUGUGUAAUCAGUAUUGGAGUCCUUUUUGCUUACGUUGCUAACCAGCACCUCACAAACCAAGUUAAGGGAGCCAAGAGCCUGGUGAGCAGUAAUUUCAAAGACCUGAGGAUUUUCCUGAAUGAUACUCCAGGGCAAAUUGAUUAUUUGGUGAGCCAGUAUAAUCUUACCAAGCAGAGAGCACUUUCUGAUCUUAACAAUGUGGGGCCGUUGCUUGGCAACAGAGUUCAGGAGCAGCUGGGAAGACAAGUGCGCCCCGCGCUGGACACAGCCCUGACAAUGGCAGGAGUCAAAGUGGAAAGGGCCAUUAAAGCUAUCAGAGAAACCAAGGAGGCCCUGGAGAACGUGAGCGUCUCUGUGGAAGUCUUGCAAGAGGGCACCGAGAAGCUGCAGGGCAACCUAACCGAAGUAAGAGGCCACCUGAUGAACACGCUGGACGAUCCUGCGUGCGACUCCGUCCAGGCGGCUUCCAUCUGCAACGUCAUCCGGAACUCCCUGAGUCAGCUCAACAUCAACGCCAACUUCAGCCGAUUGCCGGGAGUGAGCCCUCAACUUGCCAAAGUCAAUGAAGUCCUUAAAAUAGACCUCUCCAGUCUGGUUCAAAAGGGCUACGCGGCAUUUAACGGUACUCCCGAUUUGGUGCUCAAUCAAACGAGGAACAUUUUAUCAGAUAUCAAAAAUGUCUUGGAAGCCAUUGGUUCAAAUAUCACAGCCUUUACUAAAACACUUUCUGUUCAGAAGAUGCUGGCAGACUUCAGUUUAUAUCUUACUCAGAGUGAGGCCUACGUUGAAGAUUAUUUUCCUUUAGUGGAGCAGUAUGACUUCUACAGGUGGCUGUGUUGCUUAAUUAUCUGCUGCAUGGUGAUGCUCAUCCUUGUCUUUUACUAUCUGGGACUAUUAUGUGGGACCUGCGGAUAUGACAAAAAUGCCACGCCCACAACGAGAGGCUGCAUCUCCAACACUGGAGGAAACUUCUUGAUGGCGGGCGUGGGCUUCAGCUUCCUCUUCUCCUGGGUUCUGAUGCUGAUAGUCGUGGUUACUUUUGUUGCGGGGGGAAAUAUGGAGAAGUUGGUCUGCGAGCCCUUUGAAGACAAGACGUUAUUCCAAAUCCUGGACACUCCCUAUUUGCUGAAUCGGCACUGGAAACACUAUCUUUCUGGCAUAAUUCUUAAAAAUCCAAAUAUUAGCUUGACAUUUGAAAAAGUUUACAGUGACUGCAAAGAGAACAAAGGGAUUUACACCUCAAUGCACCUAGAAAAUAUCUUCGAUAUCUAUGAAUUUUUGAACGUGAGCAUGUAUGCGGAAGAAGUAUCACAUAAAAUCAAGCAAAUUAAUAUCGAUCUGAGCAAUGUAGUCCUGCUGGAUGACAAAGGAAAAAAGAAUCUAUUGGAUUUCAGUUUCUCGGGAAUAAAUGAGAUCAGCUAUGCAGCCUAUCUGUCAGAGAUCAACAAGAGCGUUACCAAAGUGGAUCUCCUGUCAUUUGCUAAUGACCUGGAAGCAAGUGCAGACCAAUUGCCCAAAGGAGCAUUAGAAAAUGCCUUAAAAGGGCAUGCAAACAAGAUCCGGAUGAUACAUAACCAACUGGUUGUUCCAUUGGAGCAAGAAAUGAAAUAUGUUAGAGCUAGGAGCACUUUAAACCAGAGCAUUAGGCUACUGCAGAGGACAUCAACUGAACUUUCGGAUAAAGUGAAAAAUGUGAUUAGCUCUGUUGAGAAUGCUCAGUAUCUUAUAACCCAUAAUGCUUCAUCAGUUAUUGUGGAGGCAACUAAAAGGUACACGGAUACUAUAAUAGGUUACUUCAAGAAGUAUGCUGACUGGGUCAAGGAAUCGAUGACUAUGGAAGUGGCAACGUGUAAGCCUAUUGCCAAUGUGAUCGAUACCGCCAUUGAGAUAUUUUUAUGCAGCUACGUAACAGAUUCUUUGAACCUGUUCUGGUUUGGUUUGGGAGGUUGUACGGUAUUUCUCGUCCCUGCCAUCAUUUGUGCAGUGAAACUUGCCAAAUACUACCGGAGGAUGGACACAGAAGAUGUGUACGACGAUGUUGAAUCUAUGCCCAUGAAAAAUUUGGAAAAUGGUAAUAAUGGUUAUCAUAAAGAGAAUUUAUAUGGUAUACACAAUCCAGUUAUGACCAGCUCUGUUGAACAGUGGUAGUACAGACCAGACAUACGAAGGGUCUGUGGAAAUCAUGCUUCAGGUUCUCCUGAGAAAUGCAGCAUCUUUCCAACGAUGUCAAGUUCCACAUUUGCAUUCUAAAUCCAGAGACUGCCCCGUUUGGGGGCCAAAGUCCUGCUGAACGAAAGCGACUGAACCUUCUGCCAUAAAAUGUUGGAGGAGUCCUUGGUGAUUGGACCACACAACGUCCAGUAUUUGCGGUUCAGUUCUGUUACUAAGGUUGAACUAUAAAGGACUUGGAGGUCUUGUUUUCUAAAACUCUCUUUCCACUUCCGUGUCUGUUCUGCAUCAUGUAGCAUAAACAGCUUAGUUUACACAGGGUUUUUGGGGAGGGAGGGGCUCACUUCAGAUUAACUGCCCAGUCCAAAUUCUGAAGUUCGGAGAUGUUGACACAUAUCACUGUGUUUACAUGAAGAAUAUGUUUUAUGUACAGACACUUUUGUAUCAGUGUUUUUUACAGCUGUCUUGCAGCAGAUUUUUUAAAAUACCGUUUGUUAUACUUCACAAACGACCAGUUGAAUACGAUCAGGGUGUUUUUUUUUUGUCUUUGUUCUUUCUGUUGUUGUUCUGUUGAGCGGGCACGUUAGACCAUAAAGUAUGGAAGCCUGCAGUAUCUUGUGCAUUGUCUUUGGAGAAGCUCCGAUAAUCAAAAGGUUAUUCUUCCCUCUUUCUGAAUUAUUUACUGCACUGUGUCAUGAAGACCAAAAGGAUAUAUUUUUAAAGAAAACGGCAGCCAAGUAUGCAAUUGGAACAGAAUAGCAAAGCCUUCCUUGAAACCUAUGCAAAGAUAGCAUGGUAGACAGUGGGGUCCAAAGGCCUAUUCAGACCAUCAGCAAAUUAUGUACCUUGAAUGGAAAGAAAGACAAUGUACUCGGGGGCCUGCCUUGGUUUUGCUGCCAUCAGUUCAAUGUAAUGCCUAAACGCAACCACAUUUCUGGGUAUUCCUUCGGCGCCCAGCUUUUCUAGGGAUAAACACUGUGUGUUGGCCGUGCAUAUAGAGAGAUGUGUUGUAUGCAUUCACACCAUUUUAGAUGUCAGAACUGAGGCCUGGGCACAAGGUGGAGCUGAUGCACCAGCCUAAACCUGCUGUUGCAUCCAGAUGAUGCCAUUUGCCAAAGGUGUGGGGAGGCCCCAAGUGCAGAUGCCACCCAGUCCUUCCUUCCACCAAGUCCUGCGAUGGUUUUAACGUGUCCACUGCACUUUGGAAAAGGCGAUUGUCAAGACUGCGUCAGUAUUUGGAAGGUGAGGCUCUCUGCAAGUCUUGAAUUCGGGCAUAAAAGGUGCACCACUAAUGUAAAAAGAACUGCUCAAAAGCUGUGUGGCAAAAAUUAAAAGCCCUCUGAGAAAAUAAGGGGGCAUUUUGCUCUUGAUUGGUGGAUCCUCUUUAUAGGCCUAUCAUGUUGGGGCGUUUUCUUACCUUCUGACAAGAGUCAGCUCUUUCAGAGUAUCAAAGAUGACUGAUUUUAAUACUCAACCUUGGUUCAUAUAGGUGGCCCUUCAGUGGGACCACUGGAGAUCUUAGGCCUGCGUAAUUACCUGGUGUUUGUGCAUCAUUUGCCCAGUCUAUGUACCUGUGGCAAUUAACUCAUGCACUACACGGCAUCCAAUGUAAGUACUUUUUCCUGUGUAACUCAGUAUUGGAAAAAAUGCCGCACAUGAAAGCAGCUCUCCAAAUUAAUAAAAAUUGGGAAUAAUUUAAGUUAACUUACCUAAGAGUACAAAUUGAUUAUUUCCACUACCCUAUUAUAUAUAAAGUUGGAAAUAGAUUUAAUAGGGUCCUAUUUUUAAUUUGUCCUCAGAUUGUGUAAAUAAAAUGAACGCAUGGAUUACAGCUGUGUAAUUUGAACAGUGGAUGAAUUGGAUUAAAACUUUGGAUCAAACCAAAAGUAAAAA